ACCAGGAUCCUGAGGCCUCUGUAAGUGCCGGGACCCGAACCAACCACGCAGAGCGACUAACGACGGGGCAGGAGCCGAGCGAACCCGCUGCCGCCCGUUGAACUCCCACCGCCCAGACAGCGCGCUUCCGCGAUUGCGCACGCGCGCUGCGCACCACGCCCCGGAAGAGUUCCUAGGCCCGUGACGGUGACCCGGAAGCAGCCCCCGGUGUCGGGGCAGGAGGGACGCGCGCGGCUGAGGCGAGGUCGCUCAGCGCAGCUGUUGAGGGGCCAUGGCGGGGACGGCGCUGAAGAGACUGAUGGCCGAGUACAAACAAUUAACACUGAAUCCUCCAGAAGGAAUUGUAGCAGGCCCCAUGAAUGAAGAGAAUUUUUUUGAAUGGGAGGCAUUGAUCAUGGGCCCAGAAGACACCUGCUUUGAGUUUGGCGUUUUUCCUGCCAUCCUGAGUUUCCCACUUGAUUACCCGUUAAGUCCCCCAAAGAUGAGAUUUACCUGUGAGAUGUUUCAUCCCAACAUCUACCCUGAUGGGAGAGUCUGCAUUUCCAUCCUCCACGCGCCAGGCGACGACCCCAUGGGCUACGAGAGCAGUGCAGAGCGGUGGAGUCCCGUGCAGAGCGUGGAGAAGAUCCUGCUGUCGGUAGUGAGCAUGCUGGCAGAGCCCAAUGACGAAAGUGGAGCUAACGUGGAUGCGUCCAAAAUGUGGCGCGAUGACCGGGAGCAGUUCUAUAAGAUUGCCAAGCAGAUCGUCCAGAAGUCUCUGGGACUCUGAGGCCUCGCCUCGCACAGGCGCACGCACCGCCAAGCAGCUCAGCGUUCUCCGAGCACUUCAUGACAGUGCUACUCUGUGCUGGCACCAAACAAGCAGACUUGCAAGAACCACAGUAUCUUUUUUUUUUUUUUUUAAACCUUUCCAACUUCAAACAGGCUUCUCUUCUGAAGUGAUGACUCAAUGUCGAAUAUUGACAGCUUACUGCAGUUUUACAGUAUUCCUCACAAAGGGCUUCAGGUAGAUUAUCAGAGCUGUCAGCACUACCUCUCCCCGCUGAAACCAGCAGUUCAUGGCUCCCUGUGGAUUCCCUCCCUCCCUGGAGUGUUGAGGGGUCGCACCUGCCAGACUUCCAGGGGACGAUGGAAUACCCAGAGCGCUCCUUCUGAAGAAAUGGGGCCCUGGAGCUACAGCACAGGGGAAGGGCCCAGCACCCUUUCUGGGUCCCUUCUGGUUCCCUGUGGGCUCCAUGAAGAGGCCAUUACUUCCUUUCUUCCUUCACAUUCUACAGGCAGAUGCUUUUCUUAUAAUCUAAUUACAUCUUUUUCAUUUGUUAUGUAUUACAAACCAUCACACUUAGAAAUACUUCCAGGAAAUGCUUUAAGUGUGAAUUAAUAAGAAAUGGGGUAGAUAGAAAAGAAAUUUAUCGUUGAUUGGCUGGGCGCGGUGGUUCGUGCCUGUAAUCCCAGCACUUUGGGAGGCCAAGGCAGGUGGAUCAUGAGGUCAGGAGAUUGAGACCAUCCUGGCUGACACGGUGAAACCCCAUGUCUACUAAAAUUACAAAAAAUUAGCUGGGCGUAAUGGCGUGCGCCUGUAGUCUCAGCUACUCAGGAGGCUGAGGCAGGAGAAUUGCUUAACCCGGGAGGCAGAGGUAGCAGUGAGCCGAGGUCGUGCCACUGCACUCCAGUCUGGCCAAAAGAGUGAGACUCAGUCUCAAAAAAAAAAAAAAAAAGAAAUUUAUUGCUGAUCACAAGGACAGACAGACAGUUUUUUCCCGAUCAUACUCAUCAAAGAUUUACAGUUGUGUAUUGGUAACUAGUGCAUUACUAGAGCAGGUGCAAGUGAGGUCUUUAAAGUUUCAGUGGAAGUUUUUUUCUGGAUCUACAGAAAUUUUUUUUUUCCCAUCUAUAAACUGGAAAUUCUAGGGUUUUUGUACAUUUUGGAUGCACUGGGAAUUUAUUAGCACAAAAUCAUUCUUUGCAACUCAAAAGUCAGAAGGGACUCUACCAUAUUUUAGCCCAGAGCACAGAGGAGUGCCUUAUCCCCACACUUGACUGGGCUGUGGAGGUGGGCAUGUGGGCCCCCGGGUCCAGGUUGGGGACAGAGCCCUUGUUUUGUGACUUAGGAUUUUGAUGUGGUUCCCAUGUUCUCUCACAGGGCCCGCUGAGCAGCACAGGCCAGGAGGCCACAGUGUAAGCAAUAACAGAUCUGCCACAUGCAGAAGCAAAUAUCAGGCCUGUUGCACACAGGCGGCAUUUAAAUAGGAAUUUCUAUUUUUGAAAUAAGGGAUGGUCUAUGAGGCAUACAGUAGAUUUGAUGUGAUCACUUUCUCCCUCCCUUCCAUAAUGGAUCGUGGUCUGUGUGACUGAACCCACAGAGUGUCAUGGGUGAGUUUCUGGUUGAAGUAGCUUCACGUUGGGCUUUUGUGGACAGCAGAUUCUUUCCUUUUCUUAAGGGACUCAUUUAAAAUUUGGAACGCAGGGCAAGAACUUGUAUUUGCAAGGAGAUGGGGGAAAGGAGCGGUAUUGUACCUAAGUAGUAUUUGCAGGCAAAUGAGAGGGAGCCCUCUCUGUAAAGGAGAGUCGUUUGUGUAAGUAGACGGGGGCUGUGGGUGCGGGCCCCUGAGGGGCACACAAUUGGCCUGGAGGCUUCUGUGAAAUGGGGAGAGGGAGGAGAGGCAGUCUCUUGACAAAGUAUUUUUAUUCAUUUGUAUUUAUUAAAUGAAAAAAUCCCAUGGUGUCCCUGUUGUGUGGUGGAACCUAAUCACUCUGUUGAAAUAAAGUUCUGUGUUUUCCCCGCCCUGCA